AUGUUGGUGGAAAAUGCCAGAAAAGCUAUACAUGGUGGCAAAUCAAUAUAUAGCCCUGACGUGGUCAAGGAAAUUGGUAGCUUUUACAAGAUUGAUAAUGAUACCAUUUUCGAUUUGUGGAAGCGCACGUGUAAUCACAUUCGAAGACACAUCAUCACCUCGAUAAAAACUGGCGACACUCCCCGCAAUAUAUUCCUUAGUGACUGGCGGAUCGUUGAUGUAAUUCUGCUUUAUGACGAUGACUUCAAAAUCGUCAAUCGGGAUAGUCUGUUACAUACUCAUCAGUUAAAAGGACUUAUAGAAUUAUAUAAAAUAGUAGUCAAGAAAAAGGUGGAGGACUGUUUAAGGAAUAAAAGCCCGCUUCUAGUUAACGCGUGGAUGGAUGCUUUUGCUUCGUAUUCAAACAGUGUUGCAAACAUAUCACUGGUACUGUUGCAACGUAGAUGGCACGAACUUAAAUUAGAGGCGCGUUCACAAGUGCUAGCAUACUGGGAGGAGGAAGGAGAUGCCCCAUUACCUCACCCGCUGCUGUUGUCCAUAGUCUCCAAUUUCAGCUACGUAGUUUUAGAGCCGUUUCCAUCAUGGCCAGACCUAGUGAAAUCAGGGCAGGUCGUGGAAUUUGAGGAUAUUAGUGAAGAAAUAUACGAGAAGGCACUGUGCGAAACACAAGACGACAACAACUACGAAACAUCUUCCUGUAUAUGUGUUGAAGGCUACUAUGGUUCACAACUUUUAGAUAAAGUUCUAAAAUCAGUAUUAACGAACGAUGUCAACAGUCAAGAGUUAGAUGUGUCAAAUAAAAAUACAAAUUCCAAAGGUGACAAAGAUAACUCAUCUAUUGUAAAUGAAAUUAAAGAUACUGAAGUAAUAGACAAUGAAUCAAGAAGUUCGAUAAUAUCCGAAAAAGAAAACACCAAAGAAACUCAAAAAACGCCCUCGUUGAUAGAUUCAAGUGUAGAUAUUUUAAAUACUAUAGACCCAGCAAAAGCACAAAUUAGUGUUAUUUUUGACAGUGAUUCAGAGUCCGAAGAUAAUAAGAAAGAUACAAACACUUUUGAUGUAUGUAAACAAAAUGAAAACGGUUCGCACUUAAGACCAGUCAUUACGAAUGUCAAUGAUGAAUCACUAAAUAGUAAAGUUCAAACUGAUAACAAUGAGUUACUAGUGGAAAAAGGCUUAGCGAACUUAAAUACAGGCCAAUUUGACAUAAAUGAAAUAAACAACGAUCCAUAUUUAGAAGUGAGAGUUGAAGGGACGAAGAACUUUAUUGACACUAAAAAGACUGAAGAUCCGAAACUUAUGAUGGUUCCCGCAGUACCCUUGGUCAAGUGUGACCUGACACCAACAUGGAAAAGGCAUUUUAAAAACAAUUCCAUAAACAUCCGAAAUAUUCCCGCGAAACAGUUCCUUCCACUAAAGCACAGUCGUUUGAAACCAAAACGAACGAGAAAGAAUUCAUCAGCGACGAAGGAAUCUGAAGGAUAUGGAUUACGCAACAGUCAGAAAUUCGCUAAACACCCAGAUUUUAAUUAUAAAUUAAAAUCACUGUCUAGAGCUUUUCUGAGUAAUGAAUUGAACCUGUAUUUUCUGAGUCUAUGCAGACCGCUCAGCGUAGUCUUGGAGCGAUUGCCUUUGAUGUUCACCAAUAAGGAGGAGUUAGUGGAUAAGCCCAGACUGGUGAGAGUAGCGAAGAAAAUAGAACUGCCGAAUAUUGACGAGGUGCGGAAAAUCAACAAGACGAUUCUGACGGCACAAGUGGCCCCCGUGACCGUGGAUGGACAUGGACAGUAUUCAGCGUCGGAUGUAUAUCGCUGGACACAGACGGCUGGUCGCAAGUCACGUGUUAAAGGUAGCAUCGCUCGUACACAAACCAACUAUAGUAGAAAUAAGAAUAAAAACACCUCUAAACCAAAUCAAGUUGAACUCCAGAAACUUUUGGAGUUACUGUGGACGCGUGUGCAUGAAACUGCGAAACAAAGCGAGCCGAAGACUACCGAUGGCGAAAACGAGAAUGUAGUUGAAAAUAUAAUCACAACAUCGCGUUUGACCUGUCGGUGCGGUACUAUGACUUUUCCCACAAAUACAGAUAAUGAGAUGACUACCAAUAAGAAAGACCGGUCUCAGCAAAAGUUCUUUGCAGAUGAGAAGAAAUUAGCAAGGGAUGUAAUUAAUAUGAUCAGGAAAUGGGAAUAUAAUAAUUUACGAGAGAAAUUCGUAGAGCAAAAUGGAAAGACAUGUGUAGAUGCAAAUGCAAAUAACAAGGAGAGUGAAAAUCAUAAACAAAAUGAAAAUAUUGACACUGAACAUGAAAACGAUAGUAACUCAGCAAAAUCAAACGAAACGCAAUCUAAAAAAUCGGAGAAUACAAAUGAAAAUAUAACGACAUGUAUUUCAAGCGAUAGUGAUGAUGACAACUUAAAAUUGAGUAUAGUAGUCGACACCAUAAGAAAAGAUCAAACACAUCGUAAACGUAAAACGAAUAAAACUGAGGAACCGAAACAAGGAAACGAAUCGCUGAAAAAAACAAGAACCAAACGAAGAAAGGCAAAGACUAUUGGUAAUAAACGAAAAUCAGAUGACCAAGCUAAUGAAGCAUACCAAGAUGAAUACCAAGAGUGGUUACGACAAAAGAAUGUGGCCCUUAAGUAUUUUAGGAUUCCCAACGCCGCAAACAAUACUGAAGAAAACGAUCAAUCAAUUGCUAAAAAGUCUAAACUUUCUAAAUCAGAUCAAUCUUCAAGAACUAGCCCAUUGACAUCGAAAAUUAUAAGAACAAGUGACGUCGGUGUCGAUUGUUACCUUGCCAAUCGAUUAGAUUCAAAUAUACGUACAACGGCUGCUGUGGUUCAUGUCAUAGAUCUUACUGAUUCGCCUGAUGAACAAAGGCCAGAAUCUAAUUUCCAAGUUAUUGAACAAAACCAAAAUUUGAAUGCAAUGCAAAAUUUAAUAAAUUAUGUACCCAGCAAUCAAGAACAUUCGGCUUUAUGCAAUAAUGAGAAUACGUUAGAUGAAAACAAUUUUGCACCGAUCAUAACUGAUGUUUGCUCGUUGGCUAAUAUGCAACAAAAUCAGAGAGAUGUUGAGAAUUAUGCGAGUGCGGUAACAAAUGAAUCUUCGGAUACCAGAAUAAUACAACCCUUACUAACUCCAACAGCGUCUACAGUAAAUGCCUCUACACAAAAUACAAUAACUCCUUCAAUGUUACAUCAUAUAUUGUCACAGGUUUUAAAUCAACAGUCUUCAUCACAAUUACCCGAACAAGAAACAGCUCACACAGAACCGUUUCAAAUUUCGCCGGUUCAAGCUCCGCCCAUAAAACCAACGCAAAUGCAAGUCACCUCUGUAAAAUCAAUGCCUACGCGACAAUCUAAUCCCGUGCCAGAAUCUGAUCCCGUGCCACAAUCUAAUACCGUGUCACAAUCUAAUUCCGUGCAACAAUCUAAUCCCGUUCCACAAUCUAAUCCCGUGCCACAACCUAAUCCGCUUCAACAACCCAAUCCCGAACAGUUCUCACCAUUAAAUCCCAUUAUGUUGCCUGGAGCAGAACAGUCGUCAUUUUUACAACCAGCUGGCCAAUUUCAAAACGUAUCAACUGGUCAAUUACAAAACGUACCAGCUGGCCAAUUACAAAACAUACCAGCUGGUCAGUUACAAAACGUAUCAACUGGCCAAUUACAAAACGUACCAGCUGGCCAAUUACAAAACGUAUCAACUGGCCAAUUACAAAACGUACCAGCUGGCCAAUUACAAAACGUAUCAACUGGCCAAUUACAAAACGUACCAGCUGGCCAAUUACAUAUGGUGCCAGCUGGGCAACUGCAUAACUUAACGUCGUACGUACCGUCAGAUACGUCAUCAAUGCCAUUUGUUCAUAUUGGAACCGUUAAGACAAAUACAGGUGGUUAUAUAUUGCUGGCACCGCAGAAUACGCAGCAGGUGGAAAAAGCGCAUAGGCAAGGUCCUCUUAAUUUCAUCCCAAUCGCACCUCACCCUAUCGCCUCACAGAAUCAAGGCAUGAUGGCGGUAAACUCAAUGCCAGUUACAAUGCCACGAGAACAAAUAUUCGAUUUGACACAUGAACGGGAAAAUCCGGGCGGUGGGUCGCAAUCAGUUGGAUUUUCAAUAUCACAGUUUGACCCAGUAUUUACACAUGCGGAUUUUGGUAUGUCGGCGGCUUUGUGGGCACAUGGACGACCACGACACAACUUGAAGAUCAUGAGGUUGGAUGCUGCACACAAACCCUUGACACUAAGAACUGGACAAUGGAUUCUUACGGAUAACGACAUACCGUGCGAAAAACCGACAUACUGGAGUCUAGAGCCCGCAAAGCCCUGUAUUAGAAUUUUACUACCGGGCGAGAAAGAUGGAAAUAACACUUUUGACCCAGCACCAAUCAAAAUCAACCAGAGCUUACUUAAAGAAUCAACACCAUUUGCGAGUUGGUUAAAUAGUAUGACAGUAACUUACGAGAAAAGCAAUAAGGAAAGUACUCCAAACCUUUUACAAUCGACAAAGGCCAACCUCGAACCGAUCAGUAUUGAAACACAAACUACUGUGAAUCCUUCCGAGAACGAAACAGCUGCAAAAGCUAAUGACAAUGAUAAGUUUGUGAUGGCUACUGAAAACGAAAAAGCUUCGAAAGUUAUUGACAACGAUGUAGUUGACAAAGCUGAAGAAAAUGAUAUACCUACGAAAACUAAUGAAAGUGAAUCAGUUAUGAAAACCUCUGAUAUCGAAACUGUUGCAAAAGAGACUGAAAACAAAACGACUGCAAAUACUACUGAAGGCGAAACAGCCGUGAUAGCUGCUGAAAAUAAUACAGCAGCAAAUGAUAAUGAAAAUGUAACAAUUGCAAACACUUCUGAAAAUAAUACAGCUGCAAACACCACUGAAAACAAAAUGGCUGCAAAAACUACUGAAUACGAAGCAGUUGUGAUAGCUCCUGAAAGUAUUACAGCAGCAAACGCUACUGGAAACAAAAUAGUUUCAAAUACUACUGAAAAUAAUACAGCUGUGAUAGCUCCUGAAAACAAUACAGCAGAAAAUGCUCCUGAAAUCGAACCAGCUGUAAAAACCACUCAAGAUGAGACAGCUGUAAUAGCGCUUGAAAAUAAUACAGUAGCAAACAUCACUGAAAACGAAACAGCUGUAAAUAAUUUUAAAAACAAAACAGACGCCAAAACUACUGUAAAUGAAACAGCUGAGAAUGCUUCUGAAAAAGAAUCAGCUAAGAAUCCUAUGGAAGAUGAAGACGCUGUGAAAGCUAUUGGAAACGAUGUAGCUGCAAAAACCUUUGAAAAUGAUACCGUUGCUAGUGCUACAGAAAACGGAGGACUUGCUAAGCCCUCUGAAAAUGGUACAGUUGCGAAAGUUACUGAAAACGAAAUGGCUGUAAAAGCUUCCCAAAACGAAAUAGCUGCGACUGCUACUGUAAAAGUUUAUAAAAACAAACUAGCUGCAAACGUUAGUGAUACAGAAACAUCUGCGAAAGCUAUUGAAAACAAAACAACUAUAAAUGCUUUGGAAAGAGAUACAACCGUAAAUUCUGGCGAAAAUGAUACAGUCGCGAAAGCCACUGAAAACGUAACAGCUGCAAAGGCUCCCCAAAACGACAUAGCUGUGGUAGCUACGGUAAAAGAUACUGCUCCAAAAGUUUAUAAAAACAAAAAAGCUGCAAACGCUAGUGAUACGGAAAAAGCUGGUCCAUCAGUUCAACCUCAAGUCGACCAAAGUAUUAAAAAUACAAAUGAAGCAGAUAAAACAAAUACUGUCGGAACUUCAGUGCCAACUAUGAGAUUAAAAGUGAAAUCUUUCGCUAGACUAAAAGAAGAUGAACUUUACGGCUUGACGGCACCAGAACGUGUAUGUGUUCAGAAUAAGCUCUAUCAGAAGGUGUGCGAUCAGCCGUUGGCAUACGCUAAGGUAUUAACAGUCGUACCAAGUACAAUGGAGAAGCAUCAGUUAAUUUCAAAGCAGUUGUCAUUAUACGUCAAAUCUAAUAAUACGGGCUUUGUUAAGCCUCUAAAGUCCAGUUUACUCAAAUUUUUAGAAUAA